GGAAAGUCACGUUGUGCGCACGUCAACACUGCUCGUGGGUUGAAAACAGUCGGAUAAAUCCUCCAUACGUCGUUUCUCCGCCGUGUGUCGGUGUUUAUUUCGACUCCCGGACAUGAACAGCGUCGGGGAGGCCUGUACCGACCUGAAGCGGGAGUACGACCAGUGCUUCAACCGCUGGUUCGCCGAGAAGUUCUUAAAGGGGGACCGCAGCGGCGACCCGUGCACGGAGAGCUUCCGGAAGUACCAGCACUGCGUGCAGAAAGCCAUCAAGGAGAAGGACAUCCCGGUAGACGGCGUGGAGUUCAUGGGGCCCAACAAGGACAAGCCCCAGACCUGAUGGAGGGGGGCUGGACUCGGAUAUAUCCGUCAUCACGUUACAGUGGGGUCCAUGAGGCCUACUGAGCAUGCGCAGAAAUGUAGAAACCGCUGCUGACUGAAGGUGUGAAGUUGAGCUGAGCAGACUGACAGACUUUUGUCUCAUUUUUCCACAUUGUUUUCUUAUUUCAUAAAAACAUAGCAGUGGAAACAUGCUGAAAUCAUCCCAGAACAGAAAAGAUCAACUCUAGAGCAGCUGUUGAAACAAAGACCAGGAUCCAGAUCAGGACUUUGUCCCAUUAAAAGACGGACAUGCUGGUCUCAGCCUGCUUUGGCUGCUUGCGCCCUUCAUCAUCUCCACCCGACUAACAACUGUUUACCAGCUCAGCUGAAGGUUUUAUUCGUGUUUCUCUGAUUGAAGUUUUUCUUUUCAAGUUUUACGUUUGCUGAUAUUUUAUUUACUGUCAGAUCAAAUGAUUUAUUAAAGAAAAUGAUUCAGA